AUGAGGAACUUCUUCGAAACUGCAAGAAUCUGUAUGGCGGAGAACCGCUUCAGCUGCUUUGUAGAGUGUGCCCUCAACGCCACCGGAACGCUGGUGAAUGGUGUGCUCGAUCAGGCAAAGAUAUUGCACGUCAUCUUGACGGCUACACAGAACGAUCCAGCCGUACUGCAGUUGUUCCAAGGAAACGUGCUGCAGUGUGUGCAGCAAGUGACGGCUAAUGGCAUUGAGCAGGUUCCGGCGCCAGGGUGCAACAAGCUGGGCGUAGAUUUUGUGGGAUGUAUCAACAUUAGAAACUUUUUGAACUGUCCACCACACGUUUGGAGUAACAGUGCGCAGUGCAACAGCUUACGGGCGUUCAUUCUACAGUGUCCGCAACCAUUCUAG